GUUUGCGCCUGCGCAGUGGGCGCUGAGUAUGUAGACAGCUGCGCUGGGGACGCUACCGGAGUCGCCUGGCAACGAUGUCGCCUGGCAACUGAAUAGGUUGGCCACUGGCACGCGCUACUGGAAGCAGAAAGGGCUGCGGAGGCAGUGAGUGGUUUCUGCAGAACUUCAUUUGGAAAGGCCUCUGUCGUUGGGGAUAGGUGGCCCAUUCCCAGAACUCCAUGGAGUUUCCCGUUAACAUCAACACUACCCAGAUUACCACUGCCUAUGGCCAUCGGGCCCUGCCCAAGCUGAAGGAGGAGCUGCAGUCAGAGGACCUCCAGACGAGGCAGAAAGCCCUCAUGGCCCUGUGUGACCUCAUGCAUGACCCCGAGUGUAUCUACAAGGCCAUGAGCAUAGGCUGUAUGGAGAACCUGAAAGUUUUGCUGAAGGAUAGCAACAGCAUGGUGCGGAUAAAGACCACGGAGGUGCUCUUCAUCACGGCGAGCCAUAGCGUGGGCAGAUACGCCUUUCUAGAGCACGACAUCGUCCUUGCCCUGUCCUUCCUGCUGAAUGACCUCAGCCCAGUCUGCCGGGGGAACCUGUACAAGGCAUACAUGCAGCUGGUCCAGGUGCCUAGAGGGGCCCAAGAGAUCAUCAGCAAGGGUCUGAUUUCCCCGCUGGUGUGGAAGCUGCAGGUGGAGCGGGAGGAGGAGUUCCAGGAGCUCAUCCUGGACACACUGGUCCUCUGCCUGCGGGAGGAUGCCACUGAGGCCCUGGGCAGCAACGUGGUGCUUGUCCUGAAGCAGAAGCUCCUCAGUGUCAACGAGAACAUCCGCAGCAAGGCCGCUCAUGCGCUCCUUAAUGUCAGCAUAUCUCGAGAGGGCAAGAAACAGGUGUGUAAGUUUGACGUCAUCCCCAUCCUGGUGCAUCUACUGAAAGACCCGGUGGAGCAUGUGAAGUCUAAUGCCGCCGGGGCCCUGAUGUUCGCCACAGUGAUAACUGAAGGGAAGUAUGCGGCCCUGGAGGCACAAGCCAUCAGCCCGCUCCUGGAGCUGCUGCACUCCCCCAUGACCGUAGCGCGCCUGAACGCCACCAAGGCCCUUACCAUGCUGGCAGAGGCCCCCGAGGGCCGCAAGGUCCUGCAGGUGCACGUGCCCACUUUCCGUGCCAUGGAGGUGGAAUCUCACGAAAAGCCUCAAGUGGCUGAAGCCUUACAGCGGGCAGCCCGGAUCGCCGUCAGUGUCAUCGAGUUCAAACCCUGAGCCCCUCAUCCACCUCUGUGUGUGAAUAAAUGCGCUCAGUCUCUUUA